AUGGCGAAUACUGACGAACAUAACGAUGCCUCUGGGAAGCAACCCGGAGGUAUGUAUCCCACGUCCGUCCACGACUCCGAAGCAGCAGCACCAUCUGCAGACAAGGCAUACAUCAACGCAUCCGGCCAUGUCCAAGAACUUCGUCGCAAUUUCAGCCUCUUUUCUCUAGCGGGAAUCGGGCUGGUCGUAGGCAAUGUAUGGCCUGCAAUCGGUGGCUCCAUCUUAGUCGCCAUCUUCAACGGCGGACCGCCUGGAGUUCUCUAUGAAUUCCUCGCUGUUUCUAUCUGCUAUUGGAAUGUUGCUGCGAGUAUCGCCGAGCUUGCUAGCUCGAUGCCUUCAUCUGCCGGCGUCUAUCACUGGGCUUCUGUAACACCGGGUAAACGAUGGGGUCGGCCGAUUGGAUUCUUUGCUGGGUGGUGGAAUUACUUCGCCUGGGUUCUUGGUACGGCGAGCAUGACGUCCAUCUUUGGAAAUACCAUCGUUCAGAUGUACGCGGUUAUGCAUCCGGGGUUUGUUGCAAAGCAGUGGCAUGUUUUUGUUGCCUAUGUUAUCUUCACCUGGGUGGCGUGUCUGUCCGUCAUCUUCGGCAACUCCUUGAUGCCUGGGAUGAACCGGGCUGGAGCGUUUUGCAUCGUUGCCUUCUUCCUUAUAACCGUUGUGGUUGUCACUGUCAUGCCGGGGCUCGACGGUCAUCCGGGCCAUGCGUCAUCGGCAUUUGUGUGGACAGAGUGGACAGCCGAUAUUGGUUAUCCCAAUGGAUUUGUGUUUCUGGCAGGCAUGCUCAACGGGGCAUAUAGUGUCGGACCUGUUGAUGCGGUCACGCACUUGGCAGAGGAGAUUCCAAAUCCUGAGAGAAAUGUGCCUCUCGCGAUAGCCAUGCAGGUUUCGAUCGGUUUCGUGACCGGGUUUGCCUACCUAAUUGCCAUCCUAUACGCCAUCAGCGAUUACGACGCGCUAUUCGAGUCACAAUAUCCCAUCGCCGAGAUUUAUCGACAAGCGACGGGAUCAAACUCCGGAGCAUGUGCUCUGCUGUCAAUGAUCCUCAUCACCAUCUCAUUCACCGUUCUUGGCCUUCACAUUACGUGUGGCAGAACACUUUGGGCUCUCGCCCGCGAUGGCGCCACGCCUAUGCAGAACAAGCUCACGAAAAUUAGCCCGAAGCAACAUAUCCCAGUCUAUGCGACUAUUGUUUCUGCCAUUCUUACCACCAUAUUGGGCGCCAUUUACGUGGGGAGCACAACCGCCUUCAACGCCUUUUGCAGUGGCUUCAUUUUACUUUCCAGCAGCUCUUUCAUUGCUUGCAUCUUACCUAACAUCUUGACUGGGCGGAAGAACAUACGCUAUGGGCCAUUCAAACUUAAAGGCUCGCUCGGUUUCAUCAUCAACUCUGUGUCCUGUCUUUAUUUGUUAGUGUGGGGUGUCAUAUACACGUUUCCUCCCUCGCUGCCUACCAGUGCAGCCACUAUGAACUACUCAUCACUGAUAUGGGGUGGACUUACUAUAUUUGUGGCGAUUUUAUGGGUGCUGAAAUCUGGAAAAGGGUAUCGUGGGCCGUUGCAGGGCGAAACUGAGUCUUGA